AUCAGAUCAUGUUGAAGACCAUGCACGAAAGUAAAAUGUAAAGCUAUUCAGACUACCUUCUACAGAAAUAUUUGUAUACGUGUGGGAAAAUCUUUGCAAAGGGGCUGAAAUUACUAAGUCCACGAACAACACUUUGGGAAGAAAGCAGGCAGUAUGUGCUCCUCCCCCACGCACAUUCCAUUUGCCUGCUGUGAUGUCAUCUGAGUCACAGGAAAUAACAUUGCAGGAAAGGGGGAUGGGACACUGGGUUUUUUAAAUCCUGAAUAAUAAUAAAAAAAAAUCCUGUCGCGUCGCAGACCGAUGAAAGAAGGUAAAAUAUAUGAUUUAAUUUACAAUACCAACAAUGGAAUGCACUGAGUGUUGUGUGUGAGCAAUAGAAUGUUUAUGUUUUAAGAUUCGCGGCAAUCAAACAUUAAUCGUAGAACUGCAUGUUUAAAAUGUACGUGUGACCGUAUGUGUCCUUGUGUGUGUGUGUGUGUGUGUGUGUGUAUAUAUAUAUAUAACACAUAUAAUGCAGUAAUAUAGUGGGUGGCAGAUUAUGUGCAAAGGCGUGUACAUGGAAGAUCGUACAUAUUGCAGAACAGUAGUAAUGGUAAGUUUUAUCACUAGUGAAUGAAGGCUAUUUGCACUUGACACUAAUGAUUGAAUUCACCCAGAAAAGUCUAAACUAGUAGGACUCCAUACAAAGUGAAUUUUGAUUAAUUCAAAGCUGCGUUUUCAGGUUGCAAUAUUAUGUGGCACAUUUUGAAAACAGCUCAGCUAACUGCUUUACAUUAGUUAUCAGAGUCCCCAUAGUGCGCCAUUUAAUAAAUAAACCCUUGCUUUUGACUUGUUCAGAUGACAACCUGCUCUCUGUUGGAUUAAAACGGAACUGUCACUUCUCAGAAAGUGGCACCUCCUCCAUCCAACACUCUAGUAAACGAACCAUGAUACAUAACACUUUAUAAGGGUCCAAAAGUGCCUUAUCACCACUGUCAUGACUAGUGGCAACAAUGAACCAUUAUUCAGUCGAUGGCCUACCUUGAACUUGAGCAAUCAAAAACACACGCACAGACAUUGUUCCUGUUUUUGUUCUUGUUUUUAACUCCUCAUAUAACCAUAUUCUAUAUUAUUAUGUAACCAUUAAAUAGGUAUAGACCAGGGGAUUCCCAAUCAUUUUUCCCGUGGACUCCUUUGACAUAGUAUACCAACAUUGUGGAGCCCCCUACCCACCCCCUCUCCCACGGGAAAAAAAUUGUGCCAUUUUUUGUAUGUGCCAGUGUGAGUAUCUGUGUGUCAAUGUGUAUCUGUGUGUGUAUCUGACACACAGAUAAAUACACUGGCACAUAGUGUCACACAGACACACACCUUGACACACAGUGUGUAUCUGUGUGUGUAUGUAUGUAUGUAUGUAUCUAUCUAUUUAUCUAUCUAUCUAUCUGUGUGUCAAGGUGUGUGUAUCUGUGUGUCAAAGUGUGUGUAUUUGUGUGUCAAAGUGUGUGUAUCUGUGUUUGUAUUUGCCAGUGUGUGUAUCUGUGUGUCAAUGUGUAUGUGUGUGUGUGUAUGUAUCUGACACACAGAUAAAGAUACACACACACACUGGCACAUAGAUACACACAGACACACACACACACCUUGACACACAGUGUGUAUCUGUGUGUGUGUGUGUAUCUGUGUGUCAAAGUGUGUGUAUCUGUGUUUGUGUGUGUCUGUAUAUCAAGGUGUGUCUAUCUGUUUGUAUGUGCCAGUGUUUAUGUAUCUGACCCACAGAUACACAACCUUGCCACACAGUGUGUAUCUCUUUGUGUGUAUGUAUCUGUGUGUCAAGGUGUGUGUAUCUAUGUGUCAAAGUGUGUGUAUCUGUGUUUGUAUGUGCCGGUGUGUGUCAAGGUGUGUAUAUCUGUGUUUGUAUGUGCCAGUUGGUGCAUCUCUCUCAGUGGGGUUGCUGAGCGGCUGGCGUUCGGGCAGCGAGGGUGCAGUGAUCACUGCUGUAUGCACGAGGGAGCUGAGCAGGGAGAGCAAGCCCGGAACCUAUAUCAUGCUGAUGAGUUGAAAUAACGACAAAACAGCUGUCCAUGAGUGGUUCACUGGCAUUGCACCUCUUCCUGAAUUGUGUUUCAAAACUGUUGUAUGCAGCAGAUACAUACUCCAAGGAAUCCAUGUAUAAAGUGGAAUUAUGAGUCAAAAAUUUGGUUCUUUGUUGAGCUCAUUUGCAUGCCCCUACCCAGAAUCCCUUGCAGUAGUGAAAGCACUGUUAAAGUGAGAUUUCUGUGGUAAAAGCAAGCCUUAUGGCUUGCCUGGUGUGUGUAUUUGUGUUUAACAUUGCAUUAACUAUCCAAAAAUAAAAAAUAAAAUAGUCUUUAUUUAGACCAGAAUGACAAGCAAAACACAAAUAGUGAUUUAAAAAUUUGAACAGUUCUGAAAACUCGGGCAAAGAGUGUCCUCAAAUCCCUCAGGAGUUGGAUUCAUAAACAAAGUAUCCACAUAAAGGAACGGCACAAGACAGUACAGGACUUCUUUAUAAAUAUUAUUCUAUUUUUGUAACAUUUGCCGCCAUCCCAUAGGCCCCAACGCUUGCUAAUUUUGCUUGCUUUGGGUAUUCUUUAGUUUUUGACUUAUAUAUAUUUGCCUUAAGGGUUAUCCCCUAUCUAUAGGAUUUAGGUCCUUUUUAGAUUUUUAGAAGUGUUCAUCCAGUUUGUGUUUAAAGGACCACUAUAGUGCCAGGAAAAUAUACUUGUUUUCCUGGCACUAAAGUGCACUUAGGGUGCCCCCACCCUCAGGGUCCCACUCCCGCUGCGCUGAAGGGGGAGGAAGGGAUUAAACUUACCUCUUUCUCCAGCGCCGGGCGGGGAACUCUCCUCCUCGGCUGAAUGUGCAUGCGCGGCACGAGUCGCGCGCGCAUUCAGCCAGUCUCAUAGGAAAGCAUUCACAAUGCUUUUCUAUAGACGCUGGCAUCUUCUCACUGUGAAAAUCACAGUGAGAAGCGCGGAAGCGCCUCUAGCGGCUGUCAACGGGACAGCCACUAGAGGCUGGAUUAACCCAUUUAUAAACAUAGCAGUUUCUCUGAAACUGCUAUGUUUAUAGAAGAAAGGUUUAAUCUUAGAUGGACCUGGCACCCAGACCACUUCAUUAAGCUGAAGUGGUCUGGGUGCCUAUAGUGGUCCUUUAAACACCUGUACAGACUCCGAUAAAACCACCUCUUCAGGCAGACAAUUCCACAUCCUUGUUGUUCUUACUGUAAGAAACCCUUUCCUUUGCCUUUCUUCCAGUCUAAAUGCAUGACCUUGUGUCCUAUGUAUAGUCCUGUUCAUGAAUAGAUUUCAAGACAAUGGUUCGUAUUGGCCCCAAAUAUACAUAUAUUCAUAUUCCCUCUAAGGUGCCGUAUUUAUUAGGGAUCGACCGAUUAUCGGUUUUACCGAUAUAAUCGGCCGAUAUUCGGUAUUUUCGGCAAUAUCGGUAUCUGCCAAUAUAGAUGCCGAUAAUACCUCCUAGGACUGCCGGGCUCAUUACAAGCCCGGCGGUCCUCGGGGGGGCCAACAGCAAGCGCUGACUUACCUUGCCAGCAGCUCCUCCAGCUCCCCAAUGUAACUCUCGCGAGACCAGCGGCCGUCAGACCGUUGCCACGGGUUACCAUGGUAACGCUCCACGCGGCACUAAAGGCCGCGAGAUUUACACUGGGGAGCUGGAGGAGCUGCUGGCAAGGUAAGUCAGCGCUUGCUGCUGGCCCCCCCAGUACUUAAAGGACUACUCUAGGCACCCAGACCACUUCAGCUUCAUGAAGUGGUCUGGGUGCCAGGUAACUCUAGGAUUAACCCUUUUUUUUUAUAAACAUAGCAGUUUCAGAGAAACUGCUAUGUUUAUACUGAGGGUUAAUCCAGCCUCUAGUGGCUGUCUCAUUGACAGCCGCUAGAGGCGCUUGCGUGCUUCUCACUGUGAAAAUCACAGUGAGAGCACGCAAGCGUCCAUAGGAAAGCAUUGUAAAUGCUUUCCUAUGCGACCGGCUGAAUGCGCGUGCGCAUUUCAGCCGAUGACGUCCGCGAGCAAGGAGGAGAGGAGGAGUACAGCUCCCCGCCCGGCGCUGGAGAAAGGUAAGUGUUUAACCCCUUCCUCUCUCCAGAGCCCGGCGGGAGGGGGUCCCUGAGGGUGGGGGCACCCUCAGGGCACUAUAGUGCCAGGAAAACGAGUAUGUUUUCCUGGCACUAUAGUGGUCCUUUAACAAGCCACCGGACCACCAGGGAAUGCCAUAGCCCACCUCCCUGGUAAGAAGCAUGGAGGGGGGACUAAAAAAACAAAAAAAACGCCAUUUAACACAAAUUACAUAUACACACUACACAAACACACGCACACUGCAUUACACACACACACACUACACAAACACACACACUGCAUUACAUACACACUGCAUUACACACACACACUACACAAACACACACACUACACAAACACACACACACAUAACACAAACACACACUGCAUUACAUACACACACUACACAAACACACACACACACACUGCAUUACAUACACACACACUACACAAACACACACUGCAUUACAUACACACACACACUACAUUACAUACACACACUACACAAACUGCAUUAUAUACACAUUACACAAACAUACACACUGCAUUAUAUACACACUGCAUUCACUAUACACACUACACAAACACACACUCUGCAUUCACUAUACACACUACACAAACACACACUCUGCAUUCACUAUACACAGUACACAAACACACACUGCAUUCAUUAUACACACUACACAAACACACACACACACAGACUGCAUUCACUAUAUAUACACACUACACAAAUACUCACUGCAUUCACUAUACACACUACACAAACACACUCUGCAUCCACUAUACACACUACACAAACACACACAUAGCUCCCCUGUCUAAACACACUUCAUCCACUACAUGUGGCAUGUAUAUUUUGUGCAUUUACCUUUAGGAUUAGUUUAUUUUUUCAAAAUGGUUAAUGUAAAGAAUAUUGGCAAGUUAUCGGCUAUCGGCCUGAAAGUUCACAGAUUAUCGGUAUCGGUAUCGGCUCUAAAAAAUCAAUAUCGGUCGAUCCCUAGUAUUUAUGAACUAAACAUCUUUAUAAUGUUAACUUUCCUUCAUAAAAAAAAUGUUCCAUUCCUUUUAUUAAUUUAGUAGCCUGCCUCUGCACUUCUAAUGCUAUUAUACUCUUCUUUAAUAAAGGUGCCCACAAUUGCACAGCAUAUUCAAAGUGUGGUCAUAUCAGUGAUCAAUAAAGAAGCAAAUUUAUAUUUUCAUCCUGAGAAUUAAUGCCCCUUUUUAUACAUGACAAUACCUUACUGGCCACUGCUGAUUUAUAUUGCAUAUUGUUGCAUAGUUUGUUGUAUAUACCAGUUCCCAAAUUCACUACCAUGUUGGGUGUAAGUUGCUUGCGUAUUCUUUCAUCUGCCAUUUGAGUGCCUAGUCCCCCCAAUCUAUCUAUAUCCGUAAGCAGCAAAGUACUAUCCUGCUAAUAUUACGUAUUACUUUAGAGAUUUUUGUGUCAUCUGCAAACACUGAAACAUGACUUUCAAUGCCUAUUUCAAGAUCAUUUAUAAACAUGUUAAAUAGAACCGGUCCCAGAACAGGACUCUGAGGGACACCACUUACCACUUUUGUCCAGUUUACAAAUGUACAGUUAAUUACAACUCUCUGUAAAGGAUCACUAUAGGGUCAGGAACACAAACAUUUAUUCCUGACCCUUUAGUGCUAAACACACAAUUUAGGUGGCUUGCCCUCCCUCAGCCCCCCUUAAAAGUUAAAAACUCACCUUAUUUCCAGCUCCGCGCGGGUCUGCCGGCGCUGGCUCCGCCCCCUUUAUGACAUAAUCAAAAUGGUUGAUUUUUUACCAAACCAAUUUGAAAAGCAUUGGAUUGGCUAAAAAUCGGCACUGGGGCAGGACCAAAUGCCGUUUUGGCCCAUCAGGACCUCCUCAUAGAGAUGCAUUGAAUCAAUGUAUCUGCAUGAGGAAAAUUCACCGUCUCCAUGCAGAGCGUGGGGACGCUGAACGACAGGGCUGCUUACUGUGCAGCCAUGAGCCAGGAAGCCCCUCCAGUGGCCAUCUGAGGAGUGGCCACUUGGAGGUGUCCCUAGGGGCAAUGUAAACACUGCCUUUUCUCUGAAAAGGCAGUGUUUACAUGAAAAUGCCUUAAGGGAGCUAUUAUACUCACUAGAACAACUACAUUAGUAGUAGUUGUUCUGGUGACGAUAGUGUCCCUUACGCCAAUGUUCUACAAGAAUUUUCAUCUAUACCAAUUUCUUUUAGUUUGAAAAUUAGCCUAUUGUGUGAAACCAUAGCAAACACCUUGACAAAAUCAAAGUAGAUCACAUCCACUCCAACACCCUGAUCUAUACUUCUACUUACUUAUUCACAGAAUGCAAUUAAGUUAGAUUGACAUGACUUAUGUUUCAUAAAACCAUGCUGAUUAUUGCUAAUAACAUUGCUUCUCCCAAGGAAUUCCUGAAUAUUAUCCCUUAAUAACACUUCAAAUACUUUUCCAGUGACAAAAGUUGAGCUCACAGGCCUAGAAUUUCCAGGCCAAGAUUGUGAACGUGCUUUUUGAAUACAGGAACAACACCUGCCUUUCUCCAAUCCUCCGGUACAAUUCUUGAAAGUAAAGAAUCCAGAAAGAUUAAUAACAAAAGUUAAUUUAUUUCCACAUUUAGCUCCUUAAAGGGUUACUCUAACCACCAUGACCACUUAAGUGAUAUGAAGUGGCCAUGGUGGUAGGAGCCUGAAUGUGAAGUGUUUCAGUUGCAAACACUGCACAUCCAGAGAUAUUGGAAAUGAUGUGCCAGAGGCAAGUUGCCUCAUGUGUCAUGGGCAGACCAGAAACCCAGACUGCCCAAUGUAAAUUCUGGGCAAUUACGGGGACACUGCAUCUAAACCACUUCAAUGAGAGGAAGUGUUCUAUGUGCCUAUAUUGUCCCUUAAGCGGUCUUCUGACCGGUGUAGGAAGUAAGUAAUGUAUAAUGUAGUUUUCACUAAAUUCCUUGGAGAUGUUACAUUAAAAGAACACUAUAGGGUCAGGAACACAAACGUGUAUUCCUCACCAUAUAGUGUUAAAGCUACCAUUUAGGUGGCUUGUCCCUCUCCCUUUAACCCUCUUAAAAGUUGCGAAUACUUACAUUAUUUUCUGCGCCCCCGAUCCACCUCCGUACUGACAUCAUAGGGACAUCACCAUAGGGAAAGCAUUGGACUGGCAGGAAUCGGCAAGGAGGCGGGAUGGGGCGUGGCCAAAUGUAAUUUUGGCCAAUCAGCACCUCCUCAUAGAAAUGCAAUAAAUUGUGGAGAUUCUGAAUGGCAGUGUGCAGCACUGCUUCAGGAAGCACCUCCAGUGGCCAUCUGAGGAGUGGCAACUGGAGGUGUCCCUAGGGGGCAAUGUAAACACUGCCUUUUCUCUGAAAUUGUAGUUGUUCUGGUGACUAUAGUGUCCCUUUGAGUUAUGUUUAAAGAAGCAAACCUAUAACGUUGUGAAAGUGUUAGUGUGUGUGUUAUAGACAAUUUUCUAACUGUCCAUCUCAAUCCCAUCCAUCUAGAUCUUCCACUUCACUCUCCAUCCUCAGAUGAGCUGCUUUCCAGUUCACAGGAGCAACAGGAAGCUGCACAAAGAGUGGACUGCAAAAUCUGUGGCGACAGAGCGUCGGGGUUCCAUUAUGGGGUACAUGCCUGUGAGGGUUGUAAGGUACAAAAAUCAAUAUGAGCCUACUUUUUGAUUUGAAAACAUAGCUGCUAAUUUUAUGAGUAUGUGAAGUAAAAAAUAAAAUAUGGGUGCUCCAAGUGUCUAUGCAAAUGUAUCUGACUGCUUCUGUUUCAAAUUUCAUGCUUUUGAGAUAUCAAGAUGCAUUAUUUAUAAGAGGUAAUUAAUUUUCAUGAGCAGGGAUUUUAAUAUUUUCUGUAUGAAUUCAUUGCUUCAGUGACUGUAAAUUACACGACUAUAUUUAGGUUUUCUAAAAACUGAACUACAUUUGAUUUUGCUCUAGAUAAGUUAAAUAGUUAAAUGUAACUAUGUGUACCGAUCUGCACUCCACAGGGCUUCUUUAGGCGGACCCUCCGGAUGAGACUACAGUAUGAGUACUGUGACCGUAACUGCAAGAUCAAAAAGAAGAAUCGAAACAAGUGUCAGUUUUGUAGAUUUAACAAGUGCCUGAGCCUUGGCAUGUCCCACAAUGGUGAGCUUGACAAGAUACAUUUUGUAAAAUGAAGGUAACCACACAAUCACAUACCUCCCAACCCCAAUUUUCUGGAUGCCAGUGGAAGGGGAGUAAAGGAGGCUCCCUGGCUUCACCCAAAGAAGGCAGGCCCACCCAAAUUACUGGAAGGUCAGCUAACUGCCAAUCAGCCAGGCCAGCCCUCUGAGAUCAGACUCUGCAGGAAGCACUGUUUCAGUUUUCCUUGCAGAGUCCUAGUGCCCUGAACAUAGUACAAUCGCUUCUAAUGAUGCGGGACAGGACCCAAAAAUCAGGAGAGUCUUGACGAAAUCGGGACAGUUGGGAGGCCCUCAAUCAGCAGUGAGGCUGUAUAGGAAUUAGAUAUUUUGUAUAUGGGUUUAAUCUCCUUGUAUAGGUGAAAAAAACAGCAUUGUAGCUAAUAAUUUAUAAUUAUAAGGGAGUAUUGCUAAACUUUAAAGUAUGUAAUUGAUAAAAAAAAAGCAGGUAGAAUAAAAGUAGAAAAGUAAGGAUAACAAGGCAUUGAACUAUAACGAUUGUUAUCCAAGUAUCAAUUAAAGCAACACUGACAUUAAUUUAUUUAUAACUUUCCUUAUGCCUUUCCCUUGUAUCUUAAUGAUUAUAUUCAGAACCUUGAAUUUGUAACGUUAUAAAGUAAAAAAUGCCACCAGACUCCAAAGCAUGAGACACCACCAAAAAUAACCAAAGAGAAAACACAAUUCCAGUGAACAUUAUAGGAUAUAUUAUCAGAUUCAAAGAGAGAGAGCUAAAGAACAAAUAAAGAAAGAAAGAAAAAAAGAGACAAAAAAGGUAAAGAUUAGAGAAAGAAUAGAAAAGAGAGCAGAACCAAAGACCAAGAACCAAAGGUGAAUCCAGUUACAACUCAAGGAGAUUGAGAUUUGGACUCCAGGUAUCCCUCCAUGGAUUGCAUUUGUGGGAUUUUUAUGACUGAUGCGUUGUGGGUAAAUUACAUUUACACCUUCAAUCUAGCUUAAAGGAACACUAUAAUUACUAGCAUAAACUAAAGGGACACUAUAGUCAUCAGAACAACUACAGCUUAAUGGAGUUGUUCUGGUGUCUAUAGCCCGUCCCUGCAGGCCUUUUAAUGUAAACACUGUCUUUUCAGAGAAGAUAGUGUUUACAUUACUGCCUAGGAACUCAUCUUGUGGCAGUCAGUCAGACAGCCAUUAGAAGUACUUCCUGUGUCAUUCUGUACAACGUGUAGCACCAACGUUCAGCGUCACUGAUUCAAUGCAUCUCUAUGAGGAGAUGCUGAUUGGUGUGGCACACCGCAAUAGCCUCCUAUUGCUUUCCUAGGGAAGAGCAUUGGAUUGCCUGAGAUCAUCAAAUUUAAUCAUCUUUGCCAAGGAGAUGGGGCAUGGCAAGCCGUUAGGAGACUUGCGCAGAGCUGGAAAAAAGGUGAGCUUAACAUAUUUUUAACGGGAAUAAGAGGGGGCUGGGGUCCUAAACCGCUAUUUUAUACCUAUAGUGUUAGGAAUACAUUUUUGUAUUCCUGACAUUAUAGUGUUUAUUUAAGUGCAUUUUGGUUUUGGCCUCCUACUCAUGCUAUGUUUACUAGCCUGCAUAACCCUGUAGCUUUUCGCAAUGCUCUCUCUUUUACAAUUAAUACAAAUCAAUAAGAGAUCAGUGUGUACUCACUGUCCUCUAAAUUAUCUGUAUAGUAUUUCCAAGCUGCAAUAAGGGAAAAGAAACAAAUAAUUAGAGCACAAUGAUAAGCUAAGGGUGACAUGAUGUCAGCAGGUCACCUUCUAAAUAUGUGUUGAGAGUAAUAAUCUAAUAAUACUUUAAAGUUCCUUUUGGCACAGGUAUAGGGAAAUGCAAUUAAAUUUGAAUGUGAAGAAAAGCACUGCAUGAAUAUGAGGCCACAUACUAUCAAAUGCCCUUAGGUUAUGUUUGUUCCCGACCCAAACCACUUCAUCUCCUUAAAGUUGUUUAGUGCAGUGCUCCUGUCCCCUUAACCCUGCAAUGGUAAUUAAUGCAGUUCCUGAGAAAUAUUGCAGAGUUGUCUCCUCCUUUAGCGGUUAGGUAACAGACAGCCACUAGAUGCACUUCCUGGUGUUUCACAGAGUUUUACUAAAUGAAAUUACGCAGCACUUUUUCCUAUGGGGAAGGCCUAAUGCACGCACAUGUGAAUUAGGUUUUUGAAACGCUGUGAUGUCGGCAGAGGACAAACCUGACCCAGCACCGAGGGGCAUCAGUGCUGGAAGCAGGUAAGUGAAAAAAGGCAUGUUAACGCUUUAUUUGCCACCAGGGAUAGCGGGGGGCACCGCAGGUGCAGAGGGACACAAUAGUGUUAGGAAUACAGUUUUGUAUCCCUAACCCUAUUGUGUUCCUUAAGCUCUGUCCAUUGUCAAAGAUCAUGCUCUACAUUAGAAAACUUAAUUCCCUAAUUUCUCAAUUUAGGUUGAAUUUCAGAAUUAAAAUCAAGGAGACAUAAAGAAAUAAAUAUGAUUAAUUAAAAAAAGCAUGCCGAGUGUUGGAUUUAUGUGUUUUAGGUCUCAUUAAACUUCAAAAUGGAUUUGAAUGUUUGUUAUUUAAAACAAAUUACACUGUCUCAGUGUGAGAUCUAGUCAGUAAUGUUGUUGGUUAUGAGUUAAUUGAGCAGGGCCCUCCAUCUCUCUGUUCCUGUACGUCCAGUUGUCUGGUUACAAUUACAUGUCUGUUAGUCCACCCAUUGUACAGCUCUACGGAAUCUGAUGGCGCUAUAUAAAUAAUAAAAUAAUAAUAAUGUCUUUGUUUCUUGGUCAAUAUUUAGACCAACUUUUAUGAGUGGAACCUAAAAUAAACAAACAUAACACAUAUUAGGAGAUGCAUUACAGAGAUCAUUUUUCACAAACAUUCUUUAAACCAUUAGGGUUACACUAGAAUGGAAAUUGGCUGUGCAGCAGGGAAAUAUUUCAGAAUACUAGGAUGAUAGGAGAUCAUACUUUGUCAUGAUGCUCAACUGAUAAAAUUUUUUAUUGAUUCCAUGACAGCAAUCCGAUUUGGUCGAAUGCCAGAAGCAGAGAAAAGACGCCUUGUUCAGACCCCACCAACUGAAGCAGGAUCUACAGAUUCUCCGGUGUCAGACACUGUGGCCCUUUCACAACAGAUCCACUCGUCAUAUAUGCAAACGUUUUCCAUGACAAAAAAGAAAGCACGGGACAUUUUGACUGGCAGAAGUAGCAUCUCGGUGAGAAAACAAAACUUUAAAAUAACUGCAGCUUCUAAAUCCAAAAUAUAUUUGUCCAGUAAGAAGUAAAAGAUUAUGCUCUAGAAUUGUUGUUCAUUAAAUUAAGAUAUUUCGCUUACUGAAUGAAAUGUUUAGGUACUAUUUUUGUUCAAUGCUUCAUUGAUUAACUUCCUUUCCUUUAAACCAACUCUUAAAAUUUCUAAAAGUCCCAUGCUACUUGUUAGAACUUAAGGGUUACUCCAACCCUUAUAACUGGAAAAAAAUGUUAUUAUCCUUUAGGUCCCCCCUCCCACACUACAAAUGACUUAUAAAAUAAAUGUUUUCUUACCGGAAAUGCAGCGAACCAUCUGGCUCUGCUUUCCAUGUCUUCACCUGAUGUCACUCCUGUAGUUGCACGGUCUAAACAAAGACUUCUCAUAGAGAACAUACGCAUGCACUCUGACCCGUUUAGCCGGCUCAGAGUGCAUGCGCAUGUUCUGAUCCAGGUAGUGAAGAGAGAGACAGGGAGGGAAAUGUAGCGGGCAGUAUAGGGAGGUCGGAAGGAGGGGGACACAAGUAGAUUAUAUCUGUCAUUAUGUUGCCUACAUGCAGUGUGUUCUGGUGACAGACGUAAUAUAUUCACAGAAUUGAGAGACCAUUCAAAGGCUCAGAAACCCUUUGCAGGUGUUAUGGCUUAUUAUAGUGGGACACUGUGAGCCUAGAAUUUUGCACCUUUUCACAAUAUUCUAAUUUACUGAGAUUGUGGAUUUGGGGUUUUCAUGAGCUGUAGGCCAUAAUCAUUGCACUUAUGACAAAUCACGGCUUGAACUAUAUUGCUUUGCAUGUAAUGCGUCUACCUCAUAUAUUAGUUUCCCCUUUUAUGUUGCAUUACUGAAAUAAAUGAACUUUUGCAUGAUAUUAUAAUUUUUCAAGUAUCACCUGUAUCAUGGCAAGCUUUGUUUUCUGCUCUUAAUCUGUUUUUAGAUGUAGAUCCCUCCUCAUUAUACAAGAAGCCCACUCAGAGGCAAUGGCAUUUCCUAAAUGGUGGUGUAGGGGUAAUAGGCCUUAUCUGCCACCAAGAUCCCCAUUCUGCACCUCCUAGAGUCUACACUUUCAAACACUGGGUCUCAUGUCUGCCUGAGCUGGUUGCCACAAAAUUGGUGAUCACAUGCAAUACCAAAAAAUUUUUUUUUUUGCCUUAGCAGGAGAAGCAGACAUGUACAAUAGGCAGACAAACAGAUUCUAAAGCAGGAACUGUGAGGCUCUUAAUGGGGAAACAUCACAAAAAUGUUUUCCGACUUAGAGACUAAAAAAAUGGAAAUAGGAUUAAUAAAAAAUACAAUGGUAUUCCACACCUGCAGUGUUACUCCUUCACACCUUACACUGGACAAAGUGCCAAUGAUAUACACAAACAUAGAAUCUGGAACUCUGAAGGGCCACAGAGUGCGUUAAGCCAAGAGGAUAUAUGAUCCUUUUUUCUGAAACUCAAUUUCUAAUAGGUGUCAACUCAAGGAAGCUUAAUUAAGAGGUCUUACUGAAAGGCCAGAAGUAAUGAAUUCUGCAUGUUGUCCAGGAGGCUAAAUUUCAGGCUUGUCAAAAAAUAAAAGAAAUCUUCUCACUUUAGUCAGAACUUUAACUAAUCCAUUUUCUUCCUGGGAAAAUAAACAGAACUGAGACACAUGUAGUACAGGCUAAAAUGGGUUGAGCGAGUGAAGUGUUGCAUUAGUGGUUUUUCUACCCUCCGUUUGGGAGGGACUUUAUGCCAUACAUUACAACUUGUUGGCUUUCACAUUCCAAGAAAGGAAACUCUUUUUUUGUAUAUUGAUAAACAUCUUAUGUUAUAAUUAGUAUAUUUAGUAUAUUGUGGAUUUUUUAAAUUUUCUUUUAGUAUUUUGGGAUGCUAAUGCUGUCUUCUUGAUGUAUGACUAUAUUUUAACUUAUUUUGGGGGAAUGUUCCAAUUAAAAGGUUACUGCAAGUACCAUGACCACUUUGUUGAUUUGACAUGGUCAUGAUGGUUGGAGUUUGUAUGUUUCUGUUUUUUUUUGGUUUUUUUUUAAUGCUGCACAUUCAAAGAUUAUCCACUUAGCUGUCAGAGGUGAAACUCAUCCUUCAACAGCUUCAUUAGUGAGCCUAGAGCAAAGUUCCUGGCUGGUUAAUGGUAAUUCUUUGAAAACUUCUUACUCCAGCAUACUAGUGCUCUUGCUGAAGCUCACAUCUGACAAGGAGGAUCAGGCUGCAGUGCAAAAUUGGACUCAGCAGUUGAACGAGUGAGCUUUAUUUAUUUAUUUAUUAUUUUGUUUAAGUGGGGGGUCUGUGGCAGACCACCACAGAAAGGGAGAAAGGGGUACUCUAACCAAAACUAGGGUUUUAUGAAAACACUAGCUUGUGGUUGGAAUAAGCAUUUAAGAAACGUGUUUACCAAAUUUUUAUUUUUAUGAUGGCUUUGAUUUAUAAUAUAAUUUAUAAUACUUUGUUCUUUGUCUGUUUUAGCCUUUUGUUAUACAUGACAUGGACACCCUGUGGCAAGCAGAACAAGGAAUUUUGUGGGAGCAAUUGCCUAUGCAGGAUCCCUCAGGAACUGAAAUUGGAGUCCAUGUCUUUUAUCGCUGCCAAUGCACUUCUGUGGAGACUGUACGUGCCCUCACUGAAUUUGCCAAGAGUGUUCCAGGUUUCAACACACUCUACCUCAAUGACCAGGUCACGUUGUUGAAGUAUGGGGUCCAUGAGGCUAUCUUUUGCAUGUUGGCCUCGCUUAUGAACAAAGAUGGACUUUUGGUGGCAGGGGGACGUGGGUUUGUUACUCGUGAGUUCCUGCGCAGCCUUCGCCAUCCAUUUUGUCACAUCAUGGAGCCCAAGUUCCACUUCGCCUCCAAGUUCAAUGCACUGGAGCUUAAUGACAGUGAUUUGGCACUCUUUGUUGCAGCCAUUAUCCUAUGCGGUGGUUAGAGACCCUAUUUUUUUCUUACUAUUCUUUUCUUUUCAUCUCUGUACACCCAUUUACAUUUUUUAACCUAAUCCAAAGUCUCUAUUUAUGCAAAAUCUUAAUUUUUUUAAAAUUCCCUAGUAAUUUAUCUUUUUUAUGUUCUGUUUGUGUUUUCUACUUCCUUUAACAAUAUCUGAAAAAAGUCCUGGUCAUCUUUCUGUCUUGUCUAUUAUAUUGCAUUCCGGGUAUAGUUGUAUCCUCAAUAUUUAUGCUUGAUGAUAACCAGAUACUGUGAGGAAAUACCCUAUGCUUUCCUUUAGGAAGGAGAAACAAAAGGAGAUCUAUUAUUCCCCCACCCAACGUUUAAGUCCAAUUGUCUAUUGUAGUAAAGUAAGUGCUAGAACCAUGUUUUCCCUAUAAAUCGUGAUUACUUAUUACUCUUACACCUCCCGAGAAGAGGCUUUCAACAUAUAUAGUAUGAUAAAGGCAACAUUAAUAAUAGCAUUGCCACACUAACAUGUUCUCGAGACAAAAUCUGGGUUGGGAUCUAUACUAAAAACACCUGUUAAAAUUCUCUGCCUAUCUAGCAUUAUAUCUUUGCAUUGUGGUUUGUAGGCCCCAUGUCAACCAAGUGAUAUUUCCUUUAAAAGAGCAAAAGCAACAUAGAUGACAUAAAUAACCACUAAAACAGUGUAAAACUACUAAAUAUAUUUUAUACAUCUAUAUUUAGAUAUGGAUAUGUGUUGUGUAAUGUGUGAUGUUUAUUUGCCACACCUCAAAUAGUGGUAAAUUGCCAUAUUUAACACAGAAUAGAUGAGUUAAAGACUUUUAAAAACACUGCUAUUUUGGUACUCAAUUUUACAAUUCAGUUAUUUCACUGUUUAACCCCUUAAGGAGAUAAUUGUCCAAGCUCUGAACCUAAACAAAACCUAGAAUUUGUGCUAUGUGUUUGUUCCACUGUAACUUAAAGGAACACUAUAGCGUUAGGAUUACAAACAUGUCCAAAGUUUCACUCGACAUUUAGUCAGAAGCACCUGUGGUGGCUGUAAAGUGACAACAACUAGAGGCACUUAAACCCUAUAAUGUAAACACUGCUAUUCCUGCAAAACGCCAUUGUUUUCAGGUGCAGGGUUAAAAAGACAAUGACAAGACACCCAGCCCACUUUUAUUGAGGUUUAGGUGCUUACCCCUUACCCUCAUGCAGAGCAUGAGGACAUCCAGCAUCAGUUACUAGACGAAAGGUCCAUUUGGAUCUAGGAAGGACCUUCAGUGGCUGUCUGGGAGAUAGCCACUGGAGGCAGACUUAGUGCUACAAUGUAAACAUUGCAGUUUCUAAGGAACAAUAGGGACACUGCACCCAGACCACUUCAAUGAGCUAAAGUGGUCUGGGUGCCUAUAGUGUGCCUUUAAAACAUUAUAGUGUUAUGUUACUGCCAUCUACUGUCUGUUUUUAGCAUUACAGGAAGAUUUCCCUAUAAUACUGAAUCAAGCAUGCUUUCCCAGCAGAUCAUACUGUGAUUGGGACUUGUAGGGAGACUGUCAGUGUCUGUUCAGACAAUAAGGGUCUCCCUUCAGAAGCCUGCAGCCCUAGAAUCACUGCGCCUGAGCGUGAUUGUUCAGCCACUGUGUUGUCAAUGGAGUUAUUGGACUUUAUGCAGAGCUCAUUUUUAGCAAAGCACACAGGUCUCCGGUCAGUCUGGGGAUAUAACACUGCUCAUUCUAAAGUUUUAGGACGUGCCAUCCUAAUGGUGUUAAAAUAACAUCAGGAACAAGUUAAAACAUUACAUAAGAAAAUGCACUAAUGUAGGAAGAUGUUUAAGGAGGGUAGACAACCUUUGGGAGAUGUAGUUGUGGACUACAUCUCCCCUGAUGUUUUGCCAGCAUAAUUUCUGUAAGAGCUUUAAAGGAGUGUGGAAGGUUGUCCGCCCUAGGAGUAUAGUAUACAUGGGUACUAAGAAAUGUUUAGCAAUUUCUCAUGUGAUCUUCAACAUCUCCUAUUAUUAGCAGACUUGACAAAUCCAAGUAGCUUGGGAGACCAUAAAAGUAAACUAUUCUGUAGCUCUGUUUUUUUAUUCUUCCCAGAAGUGGGACAAAAACUCACAUGAUGUACAGGCAAGCACAAUUUUUCUAGGUUAUUUCAGUCCAUGUGUGUACCCUCUUGUCAUGUAUCUUGUCAACAUGGCUGGGUGUGUGCUGGUAUUAGCUAUCCCUACUGCUGUAUACAUUACUAAUUACCUAAAUUUAAGCACAGUCAGAUAUUAAGAAUAUGUAUUCUGAAAAGUGGUGCAAAGAUGUAAAAAUGGAAGAGACACCAACAGGAUGUGCCUGCAUGUUCCACUGGUUUCCAUGGUGAUUGCAGCACUUUUAUUAUUUUGCACCAUUUGUCAGAAUACUUUGAUAAUUAUACCCCAAUUACACUAUAUACAAACUCCCCUUCAUGCACAUACAUACACUAAUUAAUCAUUUGUAUAUGUAGGCAUAUGCUAGCACUGCCUACAGUAUGAAAAACCGCAUUAUGCAAAAACGCAGACACGGCAGAAAUAUAAUUAAUAUGGUUAUAAAUAUAGACGAAUAAACAAUUUAAGUUGGAACAUUUAAUAGGUUAUUCACUUAAUUGAGCAUUGUGAGAAAUUCAGAGUGAAUUCGACGUGAAUUUCAAAUUUAAAUCCAACAGGUAGCAUAGGUAAUUAAGAGAUGUUUGGCUAGUUUGGCCUUACAUUUUAAAUUCACAUUGAUAGUUCUCAAUUUAGUGAAUAAUCCUAUUAAAGUCAACGUUGAUACGUUUAAGGAUUCAAAUAAUUUUUUUUAUACAUAAUUUUUUUGUGUUUAUCUAUCUGCUUUUGUGUAAUCACUGCUUUUGACAUUUUUUCCAACUGUAUCUCGAGCUAACCUUUUCUCAUAUUGUUUGUUUUUCUUCUUAUUUUAUAUUUGUUCUUCUUUCAUCAUUUUUGUGUCUGUUUUUUUUUUCCUCUGCAGAUCGACCUGGACUCAUGAAUCCAUCGCAUGUAGAAGAUAUCCAGGAGGGAAUUCUUAGUGCUCUCAGAGUUCACCUGCAAACAUCUCAUCCAGACGCUCCAUUCCUUUUCCCCAAGCUGUUGCAUAAGAUGGCUGACUUGCGUCAGCUUGUGACAGAACAUGCAGAGCUUGUCCAGAGUAUCAAACGCACAGAGACUAGUGCAUCUCUGCAUCCACUACUUCAGGAGAUAUAUAAGGACAUGUACUGAUGGUGUGCACAGGUGUAUAUCUAAUAAUGUGAAGCCUCAAUUUGUCAAAUCAUAGUUAUCUUUUCAAUUUAAUUUAAAUGUAACUUAGUUCUAACACAUUACUAUAAAAUUAUAGCAUAAUACUGUUUCCAGCCUAAUUUCUAAAAUGAUCUUAAAUUUAUAUUUUCUAAUUAACUAUAAACUUUUAACAGAAUGCUCGUCUUAUUUGGUUCAAUUUAGUGAAACUAGAAAAUGUAAAUGAUUCCAUAUGAGACCACACAUGUCAUAAGAAGCGAUAUGACCACAGUGCCGCCAGGGAGGUAAAUCUACAUUCAGUCCAAACAAGCAAGAAAUGGUCUGGACCCACAGGGUUUAGUCAUCAGCAGAUUUUUAGUCUAAAGUAAGUAACAUUUCGUGUCUGCAAGUGAGCCUUUCUCAUGCCAAUAGCUGAGCCAAAGCAUUGCUUACGUUGAUCUCUAAUAAAGUCUGCUAAGGACUGAACCCUGUGUGCCAAGACAUUUUCUUUUUUUUUUUUUACCAGAAAAUGUAAAUACAUUUAUUUUGUAUAUGCAUGUUCACUAUCAAACUGGCAAACUAAUUUAUUUAUUUUGCAUUACUGUCUUGAUCGCCAUAGAGCAACAUCAUCAUCAUAAUCACGUGGAGAAUAAUGUGCAAUGCCUACAAACACACAGAAGCAUUAUUUAAUCUUGAGAUCAUAUUUUCAAUCAUUAUAUGGAUGGUGAUGUUGUCCAUUAACCUCUACACUACUAUAAAACUAACCACUUAUGAAUACACUACCUUAACAUGCAUGUACGUGAUGCAAAGAAUUGCACUCUUUGUAAACUAAAAUUCAGCUUGGUUAAUCGUCAAUAUUUCAGUUAAUGCAAGCUUUCAUCAGGACAACUGUGUGUAUAAAUAUGCAAUUUGGGAAAAGUAAAGCACCCAUUACCACCUCAAUAUGGGAAAAGUAAAGCACCCAUUACCACCUCUGUAACACUAAAACAAUGUUCACAAAGAUUAUAUGCGUUUAUGACUACGGCUUUCAUGGCACUUUUGCUGUGUGUUCGUUCCACCAUAAGUUUAUACUUUCUCUUGAGGUGCCCCUCUACAUACUAUAUAUAGUUUUUAAAAGGAAGAUUAUAUUAGAUUUCUGGAAUCCUCCCCCCAUUUUUCAUUAAAAAAAUUGUUAAAUUAACCAUUUACUUACCUGCAAUUUAGAGCUGAAGCAGCCAAUUAUGAGCAGCCCGAUCCGCCUUCUCUGAGGUAAUCAGGUCACCAAUCAGGACAGCCAAAUGCUUCUAUUAACCACGAACCAAGUCAGACUUGGUUCUCACUGCAGAAGCAAUGUCUGUUGGCUGUCAAGAGAGGAGAGGUGAGGUGAACCCCACAAUGAAAACAUUGCAGUUAAAAAUUACUACAUGAAGAUGAAGUGGUCUGGGUGAUUACAGUGGUCUUUCAAAGGACAAAUAGGGCUUUCUUUGUAUACUCCAGAAUUAGCUGCUACUUAACACUGAGUACAGCAAUUAUCCUCAUGUAGACCAUUUCCAGAUUUUUAGGAUGCUAAAUGAUCAAAUUACAGAAAUGUUUUACAAUUUUCACUGGAAGAUGUAAAGGAUUCAACUUACUGUUGGACAAAAUUGCAGCCUCAACUGAACUUUAUUCCAUCAUGGCAUGACAUUUCGAGUCCAUUCAUCACAAAUACCUGCCAAAUUUCAUUUUAAUUGUAAUUUUUUAACAUUUUAUUAAUAGAACAUUUUUGCAAUAUAUUUGCGUUUGCAAUAUCAAAGUUAGGUUUUAGGUCAAGGUGUUGAGAUACUCAGAUCUUUCAGCUAAUAUGCAUGGUAGAUUGCUAUGGCAUAUUGAUGUUUGACAUGACAAAACUUACUUUCAGGGUAUGUUUUUUGUUUUUAUUCACAUUCAUACAAUCAGGUAGACAUAGUUUCAACAUUUGCGGUUAGUGGUAAUUUAUUUUUCUCUAUGUAAAUGGAAUGUUGUAUACAUAACAUAUUUGUGCAUAAACAGCUUCUCCUGACGAAAGUUGACAUUAACUGAAAUGUUGAGAAAUAUCCCAUUAUUGCCUUCGAGAGUGAAAAGUCAGCCCUGAUGAGUAUAAAUUCACUCUUGGUUAGUGUGCCAAUGACCCUAUAGGCUUGCAAUGGCAUUUGAUAUAUAUAUAUAUAUAUUUUUUUUUUUUAUUAUAUACUUCAAACAAUAAUAUGAUUAAAAGGAAAACUAUAGUGUAGGAAUACAAACAUGUAUUUGUAAUGUCAUAGAGUCCUGCUCACUGUGUAGCUGUCCGGCCCUUGUAAGUAACAAAAGGUUUCAUUAACUUACCUUUUAUCCCAUGUCUCGGUGCUUUCUCCACUGCUGGUUUGCCUCCUUUGUUAAGAUCAUCCCAUAGAAAAGCAUUGGUAAGCUGGUGGGCUUGCACUUGGCUAUUUAAAUAAAGCGCCUCUACUGUGUGUCAGAGUGACAGCUACUAUGGUCAUUGCAAACGUAGUUCCUGCAGAAAGGCAAUGUUUUCAGAUGCUGGGUUAAAUCUACCGGGACAUGGCACCUAAGUCAUUUUUUUGAGAUAAAUGAGGCUGGGUGCAUAUAGUGUACCUAUCAAAGACCACUAAAUUCACCCAGACCACUUCAUUGAGAUGAAGUGGGCUGUGUGCAGUGACCCUGUCAUUUUAAUUCUGCAAUGUAAAACAUUGCUGUUUUGUACAUAAGGCAAUGUUUCAAUGCUGAGAUAAACACAACAAGAGUGGCAGUCUUGCUGACAGCCACUAGAGGGUGCUUCCACUGCAACACCUGACUCAGAAAUGUCCUUGUGACCUUCAACAUGCUCAAGCAUUGCACAAAGACAUAGAAUGUCCUCAAACACUAUCAUUGGAAAGCAUUGGAUACAACGCUUCCCUAUAAGAAGCAUUUGAUUGUAUGAGUGCAGCACUCGCUGCACAUAUGCUUCUUGGCUUCUUUAUGAGAAUCAUUUGAUGGGAUAAGAGGGGACUGCCAAGCGAAAGUUGUUUCGGUGCUUAGAGUGUCCCUUUAAACACAGAGUUAUUGAGAAAUGUAAUAUUUGGGCUAAAAUAGCAAAGCUGUGACAAAAACUUGAAAAGCAGAACUUGUCCAAAAUAGCAUUUUUUGCUGUAAUUUGCUACUUUGGUUUUCAGCUCACUGCUAUUCAUUGUUUAGUGAGUAAAACCAAAAGUGUUUGCUCAGAACUUUAUCAAGGGUGUUAAUAUAUACCUCCCAACUCUUGCAUCCUGAGAAUUGAGACUCAGGUUGGAGGGAGGUAAAAGUGUGGACUAAUCCAGAAAGGAGCCAUUUCAUUGCACCAUGAACUGCAACAGUAAACUAUAGAGGUUAAAUAAUACAUACAGGUGCAUGCAGAACAUGUUACAGUUUUCCUUGUUUAGUUAGCACAUUCCUGAAAUCACUGCUUGUUUAUAGAGUUCUUCAUUGUGUAAAAUGUGUGCACAACCACGUUAUAUAAAAUAUUUUAUAUUCAUACAUGUGCUCAUUGUUGUACUCAAGAUUUGUUCCGUUCUUGAACAAAAAUAACAUUUAAAAUUGCUAGUUAACUUAAUAUUUUUGUUUUAUGGAACACUGGCAAGUUGCUUGCUAUUAAAGGGACACACAAAGCACCAUAACCACUACAGUGGAUUUCAGUGGUUAUGGUACAAGUAGUUUUUGGGUGCCAUCCCCACUGUUUUGUUUUAAACCAUUUUCAAACACAAACACCUAGCUCCUUCUCUAUUAAGCUUCCACAUUGUCCAGUCUAGCCAUCCAGCCAGUAAUGGCAAUGAUAUUUUGCAAGUGCUGGGUUGCUUUGGAUGAAUUAUGCAGCUCUCUGCGCUAGGAAAUAUCUAUUUUUCUGUUUUGGUUUUUUGUCUGACUGCUUGAACAAAAUGAGAAAUUGGAGAGGAUGGCAACCCUUUGCACCAUAGCCACUGCAAAAAGCUGUAGUAGCUGUGGUGCUUAAAUUGUCCCUUAGACAACUUGUUUUGGUCUGUCCUAUAGAUUAUAUUAUGUAUAUAAUAAUAUGUAUGUAUAUAAAUGAUAUACAUUGCAUUUAGAAUAUUGUAAAGAGUAUAUGCGGUAGCUAUUAGCUACGUCUAUGAUGUCCUACAGUUAAGGUCUAUUUUUGAAUGAAAUAUUUGCAAUAGAAAUAUACAAAAUAAAUAUAGUAGCUUAUUUCCUGUUUUAUAAUUUUCAGGCUGUAUUUUAUCUGUUCUCCCAUGGACACAGCAAGCCCUGUCCUACAUGUUAUCAUUUGUCUUCAGGUUUCCUCCGUUUUCAAACUCUUCACUGCAUAAUAAUUUGUGGAGUUUAUUCAAUAAUUGCUGAAUUGUACUGAACCGAAAACGGUAUUGUAAACUGUAAGCUAAAAUAGCCAAUCUGUCACAAUAACUGAGGUAAAGAUUUUUUGUUAGUGCACCCAUUUUUAAAAAAAUUCUUUAUUUUUGCAGUGCAUAUGGUUUGAACAGACAUGCGUGUGGUACCCCACCGGCACUCUACACGCUAGUUCCAGUACAUUAUAACAACGGGGUAUACGAUAACAGUGCACAAUUUUUUUAAGUAUAAAGGUUGUCGUUUAACUGCUCAUAUUUUUAGAACAAUGUUAGGUAAUACAAUCAGCUUAAGUAAUCGACUUUAGAGAGUGCUCAAGCUGUAAUUAGUACACCCAUUUUUAACUAAAUUUUGUCAUUCCAUUUUAAAAUCAUUACAAUUCAGUGUUUAGUGAUUAAAUAUUCUCUGUUCAUUUCUCUGCGAUGUGUGAUUUCUUUUUUUGUGUGUGUGUCAACUGGACCUGUUGUUAAUCAUGAUUUAAAAUAAUUAAAUUAUUAAAUAUGUUUACCUUAA